CCUACUUCCGCCGGUUUUUUGUCCAAAAUUUACUCGACAAACUCCCCGUUUUCUCAGAAACUACUUAAAGUAUAGUUAUGGAGGCAAAACGAAAGGCAAUGCAAGGUGCUCUGGUGCCGGCGAAACGACCAAGAAAUGAAUUGGGCAUUUACUCCGAGAAUAAUGGUGCUGUAAUUGCUGCGAGCCCCGGUAGGACAUCUAACCUCCAGGCACCCAUCAUGCUCCUCACAGGCCACGAAGGUGAAAUCUACUCUGCAAAGUUCUCACCGGAUGGAACAUACCUUGUCUCAGGCGGAUACGAUAGGCUGUUACAUUUGUGGAAUACAUACGGCGACUGUGAAAACUUUGCCGUGCUCAAAGGUCACACUGGUGCCAUAAUGGAGCUCCAAUUCUCAACUGACGGGACGACGCUUUACACUGCCUCAACAGACAAGACAGUAGGAAUGUGGGACAUGCAUUCAGGCGAGCGCAUCAAACGAUUCAAGGGUCAUGGGACAUUCGUCAAUUCGGUUGGGGUAGCAAGACGUGGGCCUCAGUUAGUGUGUAGUGCCAGCGAUGACGGAACAAUCAGAUUAUGGGAUUCAAGAAAACGUGGUUGUCAACAGACUUUCCAGAAUGUCUACCAGGUCACAUCUGUCACAUUCAACGACACAGCAGAACAAAUCAUAUCAGGAGGUAUCGAUAAUUUCAUAAAGGUGUGGGAUCUCAGAAAAAAUAGUCUCCUCUACAAAAUGCAAGGCCAUGUUGAUACCGUGACCGGCAUGGCAGUCAGUCCCGAUGGGUCAUAUCUCCUCUCAACAGCCAUGGACAACACAGUGCGGAUAUGGGACAUACGUCCAUUCGCCCCUCAGGAGCGAUGUGUCAAAAUCAUCCAGGGAAAUCAGCAUACAUUUGAAAAAAAUUUAUUGAAAUGUACGUGGUCACCAGACGGCAGUAAAAUCACAGCGGGAUCAGGCGAUCGGUUUGUUUACAUCUGGGAUACGACAACGAGACGCAUUCUCUACAAACUGCCGGGACACGCAGGGUCGGUGAACGAGGUCAGCUUCCAUCCGAAGGAGCCUAUUGUGUUGUCAUGCUCCAGUGAUAAACAAAUCUUCUUGGGCGAGAUUGAAUAACGAUGAUUCUAUAAGAAAUAGACAAUUGAUGAACGGUCAUGGAUGCAGCAAAUCAUGUUCCAAGUGGCUGCGGUGUUGAGGCAAUGGCGCUGUGUUAUACAGCAUUGGUUUCCAAACCUCGCUGCUGGCACCCCUCGAGGUGUAAAUUUUGACUGUAAAAUUUGUUCCGUGGCAGGUGGCAGCAGCUUCAAGGACAGAGUUCAGGUAUUGUGUGACUGGCUGUAGCAAAUCAAUGCUGAAUCAAUUGUCCGUACAAGAAUGUGGCAUACAUUUCUGGUACCAAUAGAUCCACCUAGUUUGUGUGUGGUCGAAUAUAGCAGUGUGAAGAGUGCCUUACACACCUCUAAAGUCUAAAACUUGUUUGGGAAAAUAUUCCGGCAGGUCUAUUGUCAUCUGAAGCUUGGAGUGACAUAAGGCCCAUGUAUGAGCAUGCCAGGACCAGCCUCCCUUCUUCUGCCCUCUGAAUUUUUGAGCUGCAUUAUUGACAUUCAGUCCAUUUUCGCUAACAGAGUUGGCUCUCCUAGAGCCCCGCUUGUCAGACGAUGAUAUGUUUGUUGUACAUUCUGAGGGAUAAUUUCAUGGUAAAGGGGUCCAGCAUCCAGUGCAUCUCAUAAUCCUAAGUGGUGUCUCCUGAUCACUUGUCCAGUACACAGAGCUCCACUCAGGAUAACCAGAUUCCUGGGACCUGGAAUAUCCUUGUGAUACCCAGAGUUCUGCAUAUAAAGGGGUUUCUGAAAUGUGUUUGAGGCAUUUGUACUGACUGAAUUUGUGCGUUUCUACUGCCAUUAAACAUGUUA